AAGGUGGCCAGUGUCACCAGUAGGCAAAGCCUUCCUCUAGUCAGAGCAUCCACCAGAAGCUGCUACCAGGUAGCUCAGGUAGAGACCUCCUGAGGUGCCUCUUCAAUGACGGUGAACUAGUUGGAAAAGGCAAAACCUGUGAGAAUGAAGAAGGUGAGGGCCUGGCCUCACCUCUUGAUUGUGGUCUUCCCAGAGGCAUCUGGUGGGCCACGGAGUGAAACAGGAGGCUGAACCAGAUAGGCCUUGGGCCUUGAUCCAGCAGGGCUGUUCUUCAGUUAUCACAUUGAGGUGGAUCAGAGCAUGGAACCUGGCGCUCAAUCUCUCUUCCCAUCACCACAUCUGGAGAACACAGCUAAUACCAGGCUGCCAGACCUGUGUUCACAGGAGCCGGGAGCUGAGAUGCAAUCCCAGGCUAGUAGCAGCAGUGUUGAGGCUUCUGAGGACAGCAGGGAUCAGCACCACAUAGAACUCGGUGAAGCAAGAGCAUCAGGAGCCCCGGAAACUCAAGGCAUGGAAGAAGAUCCGUACUCCAUUGCAGGCAGUGAUGGCAGCAUCUCGGCCUCCGUGGCCUCGAUUCAGCCACAGGCCUCUAGCAGCUCGGCUCCCAGCUCCCCUGCCUCCCGCCACUCAGUCAGCACCCUCAAGAAAUGGCUGACCAACCCUGUGCGCAAGCUAAGUGCUGGCGGGCUACCUCGGGGCGAACGCCCACUCAGGAAAGCAGAGGGCCGGACACGAAGACAUGGGCGCCAGGAGGACCGCAAGAGCAUUGACUUGGGACUGCUGGGCCAAACAGAGGGGCCCUUUACUGCCCCACGGGAGUCUGUCAGCACAGACGGCAACUCUCACCUCCCAGACCUUUCCCUGCUCUCCAGCUUACUAGAAGGGGAUGGCUCAAGGACGUGCACCCAGGGUCCUGGCCCCUCGCAGCUCCCCAGCGACCCUCAAAGCCCUGAGCUCCCCUUGGAACUUCCUGUGCAGCCUCCAACCUCUGAGGAGCAGGAAGAGGAGGAGAGGCGCAGUGCCUUAGAAAAGAGUAUGUUUGUUCUCAGGGAGUUGGUUGAGACUGAGAAGAUGUACGUGGAGGACCUGGGCCAGAUUGUGGAGGGCUAUAUGGCAACCAUAAAUGCACGUGGCACCCCCGAAGGCAUGAAGGGCAAGGACAAGAUCAUAUUUGGGAACAUCCACCAGAUCUACGACUGGCACAAAGAUUAUUUCCUCAAGCAGCUAGAGAAGUGUCUGGAGGACCCUGAUCUGCUGGCUGAAUUGUUCAUAAAGCACGAGCGCCGUUUGCACAUGUAUGUUGUUUACUGUCAGAACAAACCCAAAUCUGAGCAUAUUGUCUCCGAGUUCAUUGACACCUACUUUGAGGAACUGAAGCAAGAACUGGGUCACCGUCUGCAGCUCAACGACUUGCUCAUCAAACCUGUACAGCGGAUCAUGAAAUACCAGCUGCUUCUGAAGGAUUUCUUGAAGUACUAUGGCAAAGCUGGCAAGAACACAGAACAGCUGGAGCAAGCCGUGGAGGUGAUGUGCUUUGUUCCCAAGCGCUGCAAUGACAUGAUGAAUGUUGGACGUCUUCAGGGCUUUGAGGGGAAACUGACAGCACAGGGAAAGCUGCUGCAGCAGGACACUUUCUGGGUGACGGAGCAGGCAAGCGGGAUCCUAGCCCGGGGUCGUGAGCGCCACAUUUUUCUCUUUGAACAGAUUGUCAUCCUAAGCGAGACCCUGGAGCGGCGGCGUGGUCCAUAUGCCCCCGCAACAUAUGCCUUCAAGAGCAGCAUCAAGGUGAGCUGUUUGGGCCUGGAGCCCAGUGUGGACAAUGAUCCCUGCAAAUUUGCACUGAUCUCUCGUGGCGCAGAACGGGGCACCACCCGUUAUGUACUGCAGGCAGCAACGCCAGAGAUUGCCCAGGCCUGGGUGGCCGACAUCAGCCUCAUCUUGGAGACACAACGUGACUUCCUCAAUGCACUGCAAUCACCCAUAGAGUACCAGCGUCGAGAGAGCAAGACUCACAGCCUUGGACGGACAGGGGCCUUGCACCCCUCCCUGCCUAGUGGACCUGCCCGGCCCCGCUCUUCAGUCUCCAUGGACCAGAGCAAGGGAUCCAGUCUGCAGACCUACAAUGCCUCCCUGCCCUCUCUUUACCUUCCUGGCCCAGCCCAACCUGAGCAUCUGGCCUCUGUUGAGCCGUCUCCCAGCCCAAGCUCUCCAGGGCCUGGUCCAGUGCACAUACCUUCUGAUAGCUCUGAGAUGCAGCUUGCUAGUGCCCCCCAGCCGAAGUCACUGCACACGACUCCGAGUGAUGACGAUGUGAGGCCCCUGCUCCCUGACCCUGAUGUCCUGGAUAUGAGCUUCCCUCAAGGCUGUGCCCGACUUGCCAAACUUGAUGAGGAUGAGCUGUGACUCUUGGACUGUGGGACCGCCCGUCAGGCCCAGGGACUUGGAUUGGAAAGCGAUCUCACCAGCUCUCUCCUCUCCCUCCCUCCUUCUGGUGUCUCUGGGGGAAAGAGAGGUGCAGCAGACGCCACAGCAGCAAGAUGGAAGCCCUUGCCACGCUCUGGUCCUGCUCAGCUUGCCCAGGUGUCCCUUUCUAUACGAGGUGCAGGACCCCAACAUUGGGACCAGAGAAUGCAGCUAGAGGCCCUUUCCUCUCCCCAGACCCCUGUAUAUGCAUGCUGUGGGGCUGUGGGACUUUAGGGGCUUCAGGUCAGGGCUCUCAAACGGGGUUGGACUGUGUGAAAUGAGAAUUUUAUUUUGUUUGUUGUAAUAAUAAAGAUUUUAGUUAAAACAA